GGUAAUUGCCGUACUGCUUCCAAGAUGGCGUCAACCCAGGUUGCAACGGAUCUUCUGUCUACGGACUCAAUGUGGACAACAGAAGGACCAAACGCAACAGAACCGGAGCCGCCUGUAUCGAACCGGUUGACCGGAAGUGACCUUGUGUCCGUGAUUAUCUACUGGACCACAGGGUGCAUCGGGGUCAUUGGUAACGCUUUAGUCAUGAUCGUCUUUAGACAUCUCAGGUCCAAAAGAAGUCAGGCAAACCUCUUCAUCCUGAACCAGUCCCUCGCAGAUUUCGUCACCUCGUUGUUCAUCAUCACGUUUGGAACAACUAGGAUUGUUCGCCAUAAGCUGUCGCACGACGGAGCGUCUGGGUUCUUCCUCUGUCGAUUCUGGUGGUCGCGAUUCUUUGUCUUCUCUGGUUUUGCAGUGUCCACCUUCAAUCUUACCGCAAUGUCCAUCGAGCGGUACAUAGCAGUGGUACACCCGCUCAAGUACCAAGUGUUCUUCAAGCGACGCAAUACCAUUAUCGUAAUCCUGAUUGUGUGGAUCGUCGGACCAAUAAUGCAAUGGGUGUUCCCCAUCUGGCAGUAUGCUAGUGUGGACGGAAGCUGCAUAUUUCAGUCCUCGUGGGGCAAAGUCCACGGAAUCGUCGUCGGUGUGGUCCUUUUCUGUUGGGAAUACUUCUUUCCGUGCCUUUUCAUGUCAUUCGCGUAUGUCACAAUUCUACGCACCUUACGCAUCAAAGAGCGCCAGGUUCAUGCCCAGGUCGGUGCUCCUGAUCAAGGUGGCGGACCGAAGCAGGAUACCAACGGCAACCCCAAAGGCCCCAACAACAAGAACAACGCAACAUCCAAGCAAGCUCAAGCCCGACGCAAGAAUGUCACCGUGACGCUCUUCAUCCUCUUUAUCGUUUACUUUGUCUGUUGGAGCCCAAAUCAGUUUACGUUCCUGCAAUUCAACCUAGGUGGUCCACUCAAUUUCGACGGCAUCUGGUAUCACUUUACUGUCGUGGCCGCCUUCUGCAACACGUGUAUCAAUCCAUUCAUUUACGCGUUGAAACACAGGCAGUUCCAGGAAGGGCUGAAGUCGCUGUUCUGCCGCGGAAAGGGCGAUCAGAAAGGCAACGGAAGUAGCCAACCUGGUGCCAGUCAAGGUGGCACCGUAGUCGAUUGACAAAGAGAGUUGGUGACGGUACGCAACUCGUCACAUAACGCUCCGAACGAGGAUUUUAGCAGUAUCGAAGCCAUUGAUACAAACGUACGCACCAAUAGUCCUCCGAGCCUUCCUUCCAGCAAUGAUAUCCACAAACCACCUAGGAACACUUCAAUAGUGAACAACUCAAUGAUGAUUUCUACAGGCCACGUAACACAAGGAUCAAUCCUGUCAGAUGGAAGCGAUAUUGAUGAAACUAUUCCAGCUGCUGCCAACGAUGACUUUAUCAAAUCAAAUGGAAACACUCACAGUGAAUAUAAAAAUGGUGGCUUGACUGCUGUAAAUGGACAAACGGAUACUCAACCAAUGAACAUACUUCUUGCAGAUGCGGAUGAAGCCAAUAGAAAAAGCCACAGGAUGGUCAAAUGGCUUGAUCAGGAAAAUAAAGAUUCAAGUGCGAGUUCAUUUUAGAAAUGCUACUCAAUCGAACUUAAAAUAAGUUCAUAUCUUAUACAGACCGCAGUUUUUCCACGCAUCAUUCUAAGAAGGUAAUGGAGACUUUCUUGGUCUAGUGGAUACGUCACCAUAGCCCCUUUUCUUACCCACCCUCUCCAAAAAAAAUACUCAGGAUGGUUUUACAGGUGUUUCGUAAGGGAUAAGUGACCAAAUACCCUCUUCUCUCGCCAUUUCUCCCUCUCCAUACCACGUAUGUCCAAAAAAAUAUUUAUACA